UCGGAGGGUCGCGGCGGGGAUGAACCUGCCCCGCUGCCCGGCCCCGGUGCGGUGCGGGCGCGGCGGGAGCGGCCCGGUCCUCCACGCUCCCAGCAUGCCCCGCUCUCCCGCCCGCCUCUCCGGUCGGGGCACAUGCUCGGUGCGUGGGGCCGGCCCGGUUUCCUCCCGGCCUCGUCAGCAGCGCGGGGCCUCCCGGCACCCCCGGCACGCCCGACAUGGCCCCCCCGACAGGGAAUGUCGUGGACAGCCAGGCCCCGCGGCCCCUGGCCAGCCAGCUGCGCUGGGACCUGACGGCCGAGCAGAUCGAGGCCAUGGCCGCCGAGCUGACCGAGAGCACCAAGCUGGUGUACGACCGCGUGGGAGCCCAGGAGCGCGGAGAGGUCUCCUACGAGAGCACGCUGAAGGCUCUGGCGGACGUGGAGGUGGAAUACACAGUCCGUAGGAACAUGCUGGACUUCCCCCAGCACGUGUCCCCCUGCAAGGCCACCCGCGCCGCCAGCACCGAGGCCGACAAGAAGCUCUCGGAGUUCGACGUGGAGAUGAGCAUGAGGCAGGACGUGUACCAGAGGAUUGUGUGGCUCCAGGAGAAAGCAGAGAGUGCUUCCCUGAAGCCCGAGGCAAAGAGGUACCUGGAGAGGCUGAUCAAGCUGGGAAAAAGGAACGGGCUCCACCUCCCUGAGGAGACACAGGAGAAAAUCAAAGCUAUCAAGAAAAAGCUGAGCGUGCUGUGCAUCGACUUCAACAAGAACCUCAACGAGGACACCACCUUCCUGCCCUUCUCCAGGGAGGAAUUGGGGGGGCUCCCUGAGGACUUCCUGAACUCCCUGGAGAAGACAGAGGAUGGGAAGCUGAAGGUCACCCUGAAGUACCCACACUACUUCCCCCUGCUGAAGAAGUGCUACGUGCCCGAGACCAGGAGGAAGGUGGAGGAGAUGUUCAACUCCAGGUGCAAAGAGGAGAACUGCCUGAUCCUGAAGGAGCUGGUGGACCUGAGGGCUCAGAAGGCCAAUCUGCUGGGCUUCAGCACCCACGCCGACUUUGUGCUGGAGAUGAACAUGGCCAAGAGCAGCCGGACGGUGGCCACGUUCCUGGAUGAGCUGGCCCAGAAGCUGAAGCCCCUGGGGGAGAAGGAGCGGGCCGUGAUCCUGGACCUGAAGAAGAAGGAGUGCGAGAAGCGCGGGCUGGACUUCGACAACCGCAUCAACGCCUGGGACAUGCGCUACUACAUGAACCAGGUGGAGGAGACCAAGUACAGCGUGGACCAGAACCUGCUCAAGGAGUAUUUCCCCAUGCAGGUGGUCACCACGGGCCUCCUGGCCAUCUACCAGGAGCUGCUGGGCCUCACCUUCCACCUGGAGGAGAAGGCUCAGGUGUGGCACGAGGACGUGCAGCUCUACACGGUGAAGGACGCGUCCUCCGGGGACACCAUCGGGAAGUUCUACCUGGACCUGUACCCACGGGAAGGGAAGUACGGACACGCCGCCUGCUUCGGCCUCCAGCCCGGCUGCCUCCUGCCGGACUCCAGCCGGCAAAUCUCGGUGGCCGCCAUGGUGGCCAACUUCACCAAGCCCACACCAGAUGCCCCUUCCCUGCUGCAGCACGACGAGGUGGAGACUUAUUUCCAUGAGUUUGGGCACGUCAUGCACCAGCUGUGCUCUCAGGCGGAGUUUGCCAUGUUCAGCGGGACACACGUGGAGCGGGACUUCGUGGAGGCCCCGUCCCAGAUGUUGGAGAAUUGGGUGUGGGAGAAGGAGCCGCUGCUGCGCAUGUCCAGGCACUACAAGACCGGGAGCCCCAUCCCGGAUGAGCUGCUGGAGAAGCUCAUUAAAUCCCGGCAGGCAAACACAGGGCUCUUCAACCUGCGCCAGAUCGUCCUGGCCAAGGUGGACCAGGCGCUGCACACCCAGACCAAGGCUGACCCCGUGGAGGUGUUUGCCCAGCUCUGUGAAGAGGUGCUGGGUGUCCCUGCCACCCCAGGUACAAACAUGCCGGCCACCUUCGGCCACCUGGCCGGGGGCUACGACGCCCAGUACUACGGCUACCUGUGGAGCGAGGUGUACUCCAUGGACAUGUUCCACACCCGCUUCAAGCAGGAGGGAAUCAUGAACUGCAAGGUGGGCAUGGAUUACAGGAAGUGCAUCCUGCACCCCGGCGGCUCCAUGGACGCGGCUGACAUGCUGAGGAGGUUCCUGGGCCGGGAGCCCAAGCAGGACGCCUUCCUGGCCAGCAAGGGACUGACGGUGGAGAGCAGCUCGGUGCCUUCGGCCUGAGGCUCUGCUGGGCCCUGGAAGGGGAAGCUCCUGCCCUGGCCUGGCUCCUGUCACCAAACAGCCCCGUGCCACCCCUGCCUGGCGCUGCCCCUCCAGGCUCCUGCUCCCAGCCCCUCCUGGCCUUUGGGAGCCGGGGCUCUGUGGUGACACAGAGGUGACCUGCCCUGGUCACCCCUAUGGGGCUCUGGGUCACCCGCACCAAUUGGCUGAACUUUGAACCUGAUUUCUGCACAAGGGUGAGUUUUUGGCCUCAUUUUGGAGCCUGGCAGGAGGGGGAGAGGAGUUCCCAAACUUGAAUCUUUUGUUUUUAAAUCCCUUCUCUUUUAAGAAA